AUGCCGCUGAGCAGAGGCCCUCGGGCUCUAGAGCCCCGCGGAGCGGUUGACCCUUUUCCGCUUGAGAUCGCCCAGGCGCGCGGUUCGAUUGUGACUCCCGCGCAGAGAGUACUCGAAACGCCGCAAGAGGCAGGGAGGGGGAGGGGCUCCGCGAUCCAGCUGGCGCUGGCGGCAGCCCAGACUGCGGCAAAGGCUGUCUCGUCUUCCCCGCCCGCGGCUUGCGCGCUGACCGCAGACUUGGAUAAACUCAUUGAUCGAGUUUUCCUCCCGCUCUUCAAAAGACGCGCAUCUGUUUCGGCGCGCGGCAGACGCCUGGAGAAGAGACAACUGCGCGCGGAGAAUUUCUGCGCGGGCGCAGGCGCCGCCACUCGCCCUGGAGGGGGCGUGCCUGGGGAAGCCUCUGCCCACGAAGGAGGUGAAGAGAGACAAGAGCGCGACAAGAAGAGACAGCGACAAAACUGCGUCCACGACGGUGAAAUGGCGGCGUCAGACGGCAAGGGAUGUGGCGCCAGCUCUCCUGACGGGAGUCACGUUUGCUACGACUCUCUCGUAGACACGGCGCGAGGGCCUACAGGCGAACAGCCGCGCCGAGGCAGCCGAAGCGAGACCGAGCUCUUCGUCGGGUUGGAAUGCCUCGCUGCCGAGGCCGCGGAGCUCAGCGACGACUCCAGUGACGCGACGGACUCAGACGACGGCGGUGAUGGGACUUGCAUGCAUGGCACGCCGUAUCGAACUGUCUUGGCUGACUCUGCUGCGGAGGCAUCCGAUCAGGCUUCAUCAAACGACGAAGCGGUUGCCCUUCUUCCUCGCGGGAUCUUCCGUGAGUCGCGCGCGUCUUGCCGACGCCAGGCUCACGCAGCGGCGAGAAUGCGACUGUCUCUCUUUGCGCGUCAUCCGGUCGCAUGGUCGCUGUGUCUGCGCGCUCUCGAGCAAGCGGCCGUCGUCGCCUCCUCGGGUCUCUUUCCUCUUCGCAGCGAAAGUGCGGAGAAGUCGCGGGCUAGCAAACUCCUGCUCGUCUCCUCUCUGCGGCGCCGCAUCGCGCUGUUUUCCACGUCUUCGCUCUCGCUCGCCGGGGCGGACGACGUCAGCGAGCAGACUGGGGCCUUUCUAGAGGUGCCUGACGAAACCGAGCUCGAGAGACGGCUUUUGUGUCGCGCGUUCUUUGCGGCGCGUCUUCUGCUGCUUCUCGCCGACGCCGGUUUGCCCUUCCUUCAGCUUCCUCUCUCGCCUCCGCAACUCAGCCGGCCGACACCAGGCAGGUCAGCCUGUGCGCCCUCAUCGCCUUCGUCUGGCGCGGAGAGCGCGAAGGGCGUCCACGGGCGCGGUGACGACGACUUCCUUCAGAUCGCGCCUUCGCUGUGCUAUGGCGGCGAAAUGCCUUUUCUUCUGUGCCCGGAGGACGCGCACGCCCCGCCGAGCCCCUGGAGCCAUGCGGGCGAGUCCGCCUUCCGCGUCUCCCCGUUCGUCUCCCUGCGUCUGUCUCCUCCGCCGCUCGCGGCGCCGCAGCUGCUGCAUCGCGAGCUGUCGUCGCUUCUCCACUGCUGCUGCCUCUUCACCUCGCUGUCUCUCUCGCGCGACGCGAGUGACGACCCGGCGCCGCCGCUGCGCCGAGAGGGGGAGGCUGCGCGUCUGCCAGACAAAGAAACCUUCCACAGGGGUCACGAGGCUCGCGGCAACGGGACAGGCGUGGGCGAGCGCCAGGGGGGGACGGCAGCCCCGCCGCACACGGGCUGUGCCCUGUGGCGUGCAGAGAUUAGUGAGACGCUGAGCGAGGCAGCGGCAUCUCUCGUGGUGCACACUGUCGCGCAGCAGCAGCUGGAAGGCGGAACAUCUGUUCCUUUGCUUCAGCAGAAGACCGGCCUCCAGCGGGCUGUGUCUCUGGUUCGUCUUUUCUGCUUCUCAUCCAGUGAAUCCGAGCCAUUUCCGGCGUCGGUGGGCCGCCCCUGCCCAAGCUCUUCCGAGUGUCCUCGGGGCGCUGCGAGCCGCGGGAAAGGGACGUGCGUGGCGGGGGUCGCACCGUGGCUGGUGUUUGCGCGGGUGUGCGUCGGUCUCGUUCGGGCGCUAGUUGGGCUUGCGGAAGGGUCUCCGUCCUCCGCUGGUCGCGACCACCUCAGCAGCUCGGCGCACCGCUCUUUAUUUCAAGCCUCGUUCCUGAGGGAGUCUCCACUGUUGCUUCUUCUCCUUCAGGAGGCGGUUUCGCUUGCGCUGUCUCUCUUGAGAAGCGACUCCCCAACCGGUCGCGCCCCUGAGCACGCCUCAGCGCACCUCGCGUCCACACCCGCCACGGAGCCGCGCCAUGUGUCUUGCAGCGCCCUAGAGCCUUCUCGCUGCUCUCGCAGCCCCGCGCGCGAGCUCGAUGCUCCCGCCUCUGCAUCCCUUUCCACCGCGGAGAAGGAGGAAGGUCGUAGGAGGCGCGCGAUGCCGGUAAGGCACUCGCGGGAGAAACGAGCGCCCGCGAAUGUUGAGGUGCCGUCGAUGGUGCUGCCGUCGCAGACAUGCUCGCUGCCAGGCCUGCGGACGGAGGCCCGUGUGCGCCUCCAGCCCGCGGUGCGGCGCUUCUGCGACGAGCUGCUGGUCGCCGCCCUGGAGGCUGCGCGGCGCCUCCUUCGCUUCUGGUCUGCGCGUCUCGGCGAAGAAGCGGAACGACGGCAGCGCAGGCAGAGGGCGGCUGGAAACGCAAACGAAGAGAGAGUAAAGAAGGUGGCAGAAGUCAAGGAAAUCAGGCCGCGAUCAGACUCUGGGUCCGCGUCUCCAAGUCCCCGCACGAAGCGCGAAAAAGACGAGACGCAGGGCGAUUCACCUUCCAGAGGCGCUGCCGCCUCCGCCUCGCACGGCAGGAAGAAAGGCCGACCGGCGAACCUCGAGCAGACACAGCCGAAGAGAGAAGAGGCGAGUGGAGGCACGCUGCCAGAGGACGACGCGAAGUUGACCCAUGACGAGGGCGCACUCAUAACGUGCGCCUUCGAAGAAGGGCCUCUCGCGGGCGUGGCGGCCGCGUUCGGCGUCGGCGGGGGAGAGGUUGUGCGCCGCUUCGUGGAGUCACUCCUGUUUGUUUUGGAGGCUCUCCCGGACGCAGCGUCGUCCAUUGAGGAGGAGAGCUGCGCGUCGACUUCGUCUCCUCGGUCUGAAGUCCCCCCUUCGUCUGCUUCUUCCUUUGAGCCUCUUUCUUCCUCUGCCUUCCUCGGGACUGAGACAAAGCUGCACGCUCUCUCAAGCGAGAUUGUUGCCCUGCUUUUCUCUCUGCCCACCUCCUUAUUUCUGCUCUCUCCAUGCUUGCCUCCGCGCCACAUGCAGGCGUCUCCAUCUUUCGCCUCCUCGGUGUCUCCGUUUGUCUCAGCUGCAGGGGAGGCCGCGCCGGGUGCCGCCUCCUUGGCGGCGUCUUAUCCUCUCCUGUCCGUCUGGUGCGCCUCCGACAUGCCAGUCGGCGGUUUGUUCGCGGCGGUGGACGCUGCGGCGAGGGCGGCCCCGCAGAGUCUGCCGCAGCUCCUCUCGUGGUUCCAGCUGCGCGUCAAUGACAGUUUGGCUCGCGUCGCUCUCGCGCUGCUUCCUCCUCUUGCGUCGCCCUCAGCGCCGCAGCUGGCGGCGUUUCCAAAGCGCGUGCUCCACCUGCUACUACACUGGACUCUUCCGCUGAGCAAGCAGCUUGUGCCGUCUCUUCUGAUGUCGCAUCUCCUCCCCUGCUGCGCGAGUGGAGCCGGACGGGGAGAGCAGGGCGACGAGCCCUGGAGCUGCGCGCGCGCUGGUGCGACGGCGCUGCCGCCCUCGCCGCGCAGGAAGCGCGAGAAGAGAGCCAAGCGCGAAGGCGAGGGCGGGACGCACGAGGCCAAAAGCUGGGUACAGCCAGAGCCGUGCGUGGAGACUUCUGCGCUGGCGAAACGCCUGGGAUUGCCCCUAGUGGGCUGUCUCUGCACUCCGGAAGAGGCCCCUCGAGCCGAAGAGGCGGGAGCGAGGAGACCCAGCGGGUCCCACGCGGCAGGGGACAGUGUCGGCGAGAGCGGUGCGGCUGGCGUGGGGGCGCGGGUCUCUCGGCGGAGGCAGGCGACAUGCAGAGACGAGACAGAGAGAGACGCGAAGGCGAAGGUGGAGCCUGACUGGAAGGCUAGAGAGCCAGUCGAGAAGGCAGGGUCGGCGGCCGGGAUAGACGCUGACGAAAGGUCUGCCCUUUCGGCGAGCUCGUUCGCUUCUUCCCUCGUCGUUGUGAGACUCCUUGCUCGCGUGCUGCACUCGAGGUGCCUAAGUGAUGAUGAUACUCUUGCCGCUGUGCAGUCUCUUUCUGUCAUUUUCUCCCCCUUUCUUGCGCUCCGCGCUGCGUCUCCGUCUGCCAACGGCGCUGAAAAGACCUCCGGCCUUCCCGACGACUGCCGAGAGGGUCAGCAGCAUUGUGGGAAGCGAGGAGGGUCGCGAGACGGUGGAUGCCACGACAAACAGAACGGUGAAAUUGCGGGGCGGGAGAAAUGGAGAAGCGAGCUCUACGAAAAAAAGAUCCUCGACGCCCUUCGGUACUCUUUGGAGCACCAUGGUCUGUUGAUGGAGCUUCUUGACGCGAUCGUGUAUGCGGCGACGCUGUGGCGCCCUGUGGCAGGUGUGGGUCGCAGUGAAGCGGGCGCGGAGGACGCGAGUGGCGGGGGAAGUGGCGAAGAGAGGCGAGCUCUCUCAGUUUCGCAGGAACACGCGGACGCGGUUCAGGACUCGUGGGAGCUGCGGCUCGAACGGCGGGAUGCAUGCGCAUGUCUUCUGCAGCAGCUCGUGCUCCUCUUCGGCGACUCUCUCUUGCCAGGCUUGAACCAGCUCCUCGAUCGUGUCACCAGUCCGCCAUCACUUGAUCUCGCUUCUCAGACCUCGACCGACGCUCGCGCGUCUUCUCCCUGGGCCGCUGAAGCAGUCUGCGAGGGCGUUCUCGAGGCCACGGCACGCGCGAGGCCCGGCAGCCGUUCGCGUGCAUCGUCCUCAGCCUCCUGGCUUCCGUCGGCGCGACCUGGCGACGGAGGCGAAGGCGUCGAGAGCGAGACGGCGGAGGAGAUGGCCGCUGCGGAGGCGUCCCUGUGGGCUUGCUGCGCCGCGCGUCGAGCUGCAUGCCUGGGCGACUUGCAGGCGCCAGAGACAUGCGCGGGGGUGCACGCCGCGGCGCUGAGAGUGCUGGAGAGCUAUCGCAAACGCCGCGCAGAAACUCGCUGCGGGAGCACGUGGAGCCCGGCCGCGGGCGAUGGGGACGCGAAGGAGGGGCCCCGUGGGUUGGGGGGGGGAACAGCCAGCCGCGCGCCGACAGUGGAACUCCCCCGCCUGCUGCGCGAGGCCGCGCCUCACAGAGGCGGAGAGCGUGUUGUCGCUGAGCACCUUGGGCGUCGCUUUGCGGGCUGCGAACUGGAUGGCUGGCGGCUACUGCCGGCUGUCGGGGCGGCAGUCUGUCUCGCGUUCAGUAGCGACUGUUUUGCCUCGCGGGCGUGUCCAGGCAGCCGCCACGAAGCGACAAAAAAGGAGCGACCUGACGAUGCGGCACGUCUUGGAGGAGGUCUCGUAUCAGCCGCGGUGGGCGUGUGCGGCGCUGCAGACCUUGCGCUGUCUCUCGCGCAACUGGCGGAGGACCUCGCGCAGUGUGCGGCGAGCUGCAGGCGUGCCUGGCGCUGGCCCUUCUCGGGUCUCCACGGGUCCCCAGAGAGACGGGCGGCCGAGGCGCGGGGUCUGCAUGCCUUCGGGCUCUGUGCGUUCCUCUGGCGGGAGCUGCGCGUCGCGUUGCUUCGAGUCCUCGUUCGCCUCAAUGCGAACCUCCUGGCCGCGCCACUCGCUCGCAGGCCCGCGAAAGGCGAGGUCAGCCCUUCGCCAGAAGCCGCGAAGGAGGCAGGGACUUCGCCUGUGCGUGAGGCGUCUUCAGGCUGUCGCGGCGAGGCACUCGCCUCGGGCGUGAAACGCGCGCGCGACGCAGACGAGGGGACGGAGCCCCGCGGAACCUGUGGUGACGCGACCGUGUCUCUGCUUCGCGACCUGCAGCUGCACUUGCAGCGGGCCCUCUGGCUGCUGCUGAGAGGGGAGCUGCCCAGCGGCGCCGAUCUGAUCGAAGGGGCGACAGGCAGACGCCGCGGCGGCUCGACGCUUGCGUCUGCGUCUCCUGUCUUCCGCUUCCUUCCGAGCGAGGCUGGCCUGGAGGAUGAGCAACUCGCUGCGGUCCUAUCGGCGUCACUGUGCCUGCUCGCGAGGCGCCUGGGAGAGGCUGGGCAGAUCGGGGACGCCAGCAGACGAGAUGGACUGAGCCCAGUUUCAGCCAAAGCAAGCCAGUCUCACAAAGCGCGAUCGUCGACUGGAUCAAACUCCAAGGAGGCGCUCGCCCGCGUCGCGUUGAUAGCGCCAUGGCUGAGUACGAGACGGGUGCCCGGUGGCGAGGCUCCGACGCCUGAUGCCGAAGGCGCGCCGGCAGACGAUGCCGAUGUGCCCUCCACGGACGGGCUUCCUGCUUUGUUGGCUAGCGGCCACUACCGUGUCCUAAAGACGCGAGAUGGAGCAGAAGGAGGCCAAAGCGACGAGAGAGAGCUCGCGCGGCGUGUGUCGCUUCACUUCGCGGCGCUGCGGGCGUGGCUGCUCGCCACGCAGGCGGGAAUGCCCGACAGAGCCCGGAGGGAGAUAGAGGCUAAGGCCCCGCGAGAGGAUAAGAAGCGAAGGUGCGCGCCGAAUGGCUUUGAAACAAAAGACGCGGAGAGCAAACUAUCUCCUCUUGUUUGCGAGGGUCGCGAGCAGGUCCCCGACGUCGAGUCUCUCUGGACUUUGCAGGUGGAGUUCCUCCACAGCUGUCUCCUGCAUCGCGAGAACUUCUUCUCCGCUCUCGUGUCUGCCGCCUCCCACUCUCCUCCCGGCGCCUGUGAGGCUGCAUCACCCCUUGGCAGCGAGGCGGCGGAGGCGUUGCGGUCGGAUGGCCCCACGUCUCAGGUCCCCCAGCCUCGUCGAGGGCAGUCACCUGCUCCCCAGCCAGCCUCGCCGGCUCUCCUCGCGGCCGUGUGUCGGUCAGCGACGCUUGCGUUUUCUUCGUUCUCUCGCGCGCUUGCCCCCUCGUCUCCUCUGGUGCACUCGGGGUCGUGCGCGGCGACAGGCAGACAGAGCAAGGCGCGCUCAGAGCGCGAGGGGAGGCGCGGGAAGCUUCGCAUCCUGAGAGCUCUCCUCCAGCUCAUGACUCGGGCGUGCUUCUUCUCUCGCGCGGAUUCACGGGAGUCUCUGGCUUUGCUUGGUGCCGACGCGCCACCUGCGAAGGGUUCCAGUAGUCCCCCGCCGAAGAGGCUUGCGGAGGAGAGAGACGGGAGCGCCAAGUGGCCAGCGGCGCGCGAGCCCGCUGCCGAAGGCGAGGAGAUUUCAAGUCUGAAUACGCCGCGUUGCAACGCGUUGAGGUCGCUGGACGCGGCGCGCACAGCAGCAGUCGUCACAACUGGACUGCUUCCUUUGAUCCAAGUCGUAGGGACCAGCAGCCCAGGUUGCGCAUGCGGCGCAGAAGAGAGGAUGCUCCUCCUCGACACCGUCUGCACUCUCCUUUGGUCUCUCCUUGACCAAGUCGCCACGCGUCGCCUCCAUCCUUCGGCUUGCUCAUGUUGUUCGUGUGAGCGCGCAGCCGGAAAGGAAUGCCGUGUCUCGUCUGCGCGAGCAGCGCCCGAGGGGGCCGUCCACGGCCUCGCUACUAUGCAGGUACGAGUCGCUGGGGGACGGGACGUGGCGGGGCGGCUGAGCGAGUCUCUGCCACGACGGGUAGAAGCAGUUUCGAAGGCCGCUGAAGUCAGACACCGGCUGCAGCGAAGUUGGGCUUCAGCCAGUUUGUUCUGGCUUAGCAUCUCAGAGACUGUUGGCGAUUUAUUCGAGGCGAAAGCCGCAGUUUGA